UGUAAUGAGAGAUAUUUCCUCACCACCCAAACCCAGCUUCCUCUGUGUGAGUGCAGUAAUCAGAAUCGAGCGAUGGAGACGAAGCCGAGCGAGAUCAGCAGCGGGAAGAUGUUCGGAGGCUACAACAAGAGGUUCAAACAUUUCAGUCCCACACUAGGCUGCUCCAUGAAUUUCCACAUCUACUUCCCUCCUUCUCCUUCUCCCUCUCACAAAUUCCCAGUUCUGUAUUUUCUCGCUGGCCUCACAUGCACCGAUGAAAACUUCAUAUUCAAGUCUGGUGCUCAACGCGCAGCUGCUGCUGAGGGCAUUGCCUUGGUUACUCCCGACACUUCCCCAAGAGGCUUGAAUGUGGAAGGAGAAGCUGACAGCUGGGAUUUUGGAGUAGGUGCUGGAUUUUAUCUCAAUGCCACACAAGAGAAAUGGAAAAAUUGGCGCAUGUACGACUAUGUUGUCAAGGAAUUGCCAAAGCUUCUCAGUGAUAAUUUUCCACAGCUCGAAACAUCAAAGGCUUCUAUAUUUGGUCAUUCUAUGGGUGGGCAUGGUGCUCUGACUAUCUACCUGAANAAUCAGGAUAAGUAUAAGUCAGUUUCUGCCUUUGCUCCAAUUACAAAUCCCAUAAAUUGUCCUUGGGGACAGAAGGCAUUUCCAAAUUAUCUCGGUGACAAUAAAUCUGAGUGGGAGGAGUAUGACGCCACUUGUUUGGUAACAAAGUUUCCCAAUGUAUCUUCCUCCAUUUUGAUUGAUCAGGGCGAGGAUGACCAAUUUUUUCCUCAUCAACUGCUGCCUCACAACUUUGAAGAGGCUUGCAGAAAAGCCAAUGUUCCGCUACUGUUACGUUUCCAUCCUGGUUAUGACCAUGGUUACUAUUUUAUAGCCACAUUCGUAGAUGAUCACAUCCGACAUCAUGCUCAGGCUCUUAGGCUUAAUUAAGUUGUGUGCACUGUGAUGAAUUAUGUACUUUUCUAAACCCUGCUGAAUCUGCUGAGUUAAUUUUGUCCUAGUACCUUGGGUUGCAUUUGAGUUUGGAAUGAAACUUUUUUCAUUUUACUUCAAAACUAA